AUGUCGGCGGCGGUGGAUGGGAUGGGAAGCUCCACUCCAUUCCGCAGUUGCCCCGGCAACAGCAACAAUAACAACAGCAGCAGCAGCUGUUUGUGGGGACUCACGCACCAGCAGCGCUACGUGAAUCCCAGCCAUGUCCAAGUACUCGAAGCUGGCCCGGGGCUCUGUGAUCUGCUGAUCUGGGCGGCUCUCAGUGUGGCCAGUGUGCUCCUCCACAAGCUGGUGCGUCCCUUCCGGAGGGGAUUCUUCUGCGGCGACGAAUCCCUCGGUUAUCCGCACCGGGAUAGCACGAUUGGUCACGAGCUGAUCAUCGCCAUUGCCCUCGGAGUGCCCACAGCCGUGAUCGCUGUGGUGGAGCUGUUCAAGCAACUGCCGGAGUCGGGUGGCAAGAAGGAUGGCUGCCGGAUUGGCCACCGUCUGGGCCACCUGUACAGGCAGGCCAUCUUCUACCUGUAUGGCCUAGCCAUGGUCACCUUCACCACGAUGCUCUCGAAGCUGUGCAUCGGCCGUCUGCGACCCCAUUUCUACGCCGUCUGCCAACCCAUGUUGCCCGAUGGAAGUGGCUGCCAAGAUGCCCAGAACCUGGGUCGCUACAUCGACAGCUUCACGUGCAGCAACGCCAACAUGUCCGACUUCCAGUUUAAACAGCUCAACCAAUCCUUUCCCAGUGGCCACGCCAGCAUGGCCAUGUACGCAAUGCUUUACCUUGUAGGAUUGCUUGUCUUUUGGCUAAGAUUGCUUUCGGCCCAAAAGUAG